UAGAGAACAUGGCGUCUUCACCUGUGGUUUGCCUUUACUAAUAAUCAGUUUAAGUGGAAGGAAGUGAAGAUUUGAUGUCAGAGCUGCAUACCAUCUACCAGCCGUCCUCACUUUGACCAGCAGCCUUUAGGUUGUAAGCAAACUGCCAUUGAUUUGAACCACUUGGUUACAUUUUUUUAUUUAUUUUGGGAUGAUUUUUUAUGAAUGUAGUUGUUAGUCCAAUCUACAAAUACUGUACAAUCAACUUUCUGAUUAACUGAAGGACUACAACAGCCAUGUUUUUGGCAGAAGCUGGAUGUGCGUUUAUCAUUUUCAUCCUGUACAUCUCAGGGGUUCAUGGACGUGUAAACAGCAUCUGUGCCUUAAAAGGUUCAUCAGUGGAUCUGCCCUGCUCAGCUCAACGUCCCACUACAACCAUGAAGUGGUACACUGUACACUGGGAUAGAUCUAAACCUGUUCAGAAGGAGCUCUCUACAGAUGAAAAUCAUGUGACGUACAACAUGGCUGCAGAGAGUAACUUCACUCUAACAAUCAAAGAUCUGAGACAGAGCGAUGCAAAUGUUUACUGCUGCAGAGAAACUACUGACAACCCAGAACUCUGCUGGCUCCACAAAACUGAGCUCCAUGUUGCAGACCUGCAGGUAAAGGUGAUUCCUGCCACAGAGGGACAGACAGUGACACUGAUGUGUAACACCAGCUGUCCUCUGACUGAAAACCCUGCAGUCUACAUCUGGUACAAGAACAGAGAGUUCCUCUAUCAGGACUGGUCUCCCUGGUACCAACAGCUGGUCAGCAGUGAGAAAGCAGUCAGAUACUCCUGUGCUAUCAAAGGCUACGAGGAUCUCAGAGCCCCUCAAGUCUCAGUGGAUUUUGUUGGAUCAGGCUACUUCAGUGUGACCUAUGCUAGAGGGAAAAUGUGUUCUCAUCACAACACAUCAGUGGAUGAGCCGUGCUCCAUCAGAUUUCCCAGAGGUUAAGUUUCUACAAACAUUCACAACCCUCUCAACCUCAGAACUUUAUCUAUUAGUCAAAAUAGGGAUCUAUUUCAGAAUUGGUCAUUUAUUUUGUGUUAACACUGUCAUAUCAUUGUGUUUUGUAUUCUAAUUUUUACUUACAUAUUUAACUACACAUUCUGUAUUUCUGUACAAUUCACGUGUUAUAUUUAACACAAGAUGUCAUUUAUGUAAUUUAUU